UGUUCCAUCGAUAGACACACUCAGAGUUCAGCAGCUCUUCCAUCAACAAGCAACAUCCAGCAGUUCCAACAAAACCAAAAAAACCAAUCAACAUGAAGUCCUACGUUGCUAUCAUCUGCUUCUUCGCUCUUUUGGCCGUCGCAAUGGCAGGUUCACCAACAGCAACAGCAUCAAGCUCCUCUCCAUCAUCACCCUCAUCGCCAUCUACUACGACUUAUACCUACACAACCACGCCAUCGUCUCCAAGCUACACCACCACAACCACCGACACCACCACCACAAGGCCCUUCAAGCAGCAGCUCCUGUCCCUGCUGUUCAACAAGUCCGGAUAGAGCCACCAAUACGAUCCACGAUGCCACCUCUUGAAACGAUCCGUAUCACCUGAAUAGAUAAAAAAUAAAAACAUCAAAAUAAAAUAACCAAAACAAA